AUGAGUACCGCAGCCCCAAUCAAGGAAGAAAGCCAAUUUGCCCAUUUGACCCUAAUGAACAAGGAUAUACCUUCGAACGCAAAACAGGCAAAGUCGAAAGUUUCAGCGGCCCCUGCUAAGACGGGCUCCAAAUCUGCUGGUGGAUCUGGCAACAACAACGCUGCACCUGUGAAAAAAAGAGUCCGCACGGGCUGUUUGACCUGCCGAAAGAAGCACAAGAAAUGUGACGAGAACAGAAACCCAAAAUGUGACUUUUGCACUUUGAAAGGCUUGGAAUGUGUCUGGCCAGAGAACAAUAAGAAGAAUAUCUUCGUUAACAACUCCAUGAAGGAUUUCUUAGGCAAGAAAACGGUGGAUGGAGCUGAUAGUCUCAAUUUGGCCGUGAAUCUGCAACAACAGCAGAGUUCAAACACAAUUGCCAAUCAAUCGCUUUCCUCAAUUGGAUUGGAAAGUUUUGGUUACGGCUCUGGUAUCAAAAACGAGUUUAACUUCCAAGACUUGAUAGGUUCAAACUCUGGCAGUUCAGAUCCGACAUUUUCAGUAGACGCUGACGAGGCCCAAAAACUCGACAUUUCCAACAAGAACAGUCGUAAGAGACAGAAACUAGGUUUGCUGCCGGUCAGCAAUGCAACUUCCCAUUUGAACGGUUUCAAUGGAAUGUCCAAUGGAAAGUCACACUCUUUCUCUUCACCGUCUGGGACUAAUGACGAUGAACUAAGUGGCUUGAUGUUCAACUCACCAAGCUUCAACCCCCUCACAGUUAACGAUUCUACCAACAACAGCAACCACAAUAUAGGUUUGUCUCCGAUGUCAUGCUUAUUUUCUACAGUUCAAGAAGCAUCUCAAAAAAAGCAUGGAAAUUCCAGUAGACACUUUUCAUACCCAUCUGGGCCGGAGGACCUUUGGUUCAAUGAGUUCCAAAAACAGGCCCUCACAGCCAAUGGAGAAAAUGCUGUCCAACAGGGAGAUGAUGCUUCUAAGAACAACACAGCCAUUCCUAAGGACCAGUCUUCGAACUCAUCGAUUUUCAGUUCACGUUCUAGUGCAGCUUCUAGCAACUCAGGAGACGAUAUUGGAAGGAUGGGCCCAUUCUCCAAAGGACCAGAGAUUGAGUUCAACUACGAUUCUUUUUUGGAAUCGUUGAAGGCAGAGUCACCCUCUUCUUCAAAGUACAAUCUGCCGGAAACUUUGAAAGAGUACAUGACCCUUAGUUCGUCUCAUCUGAAUAGUCAACACUCCGACACUUUGGCAAAUGGCACUAACGGUAACUAUUCUAGCACCGUUUCCAACAACUUGAGCUUAAGUUUGAACUCCUUCUCUUUCUCUGACAAGUUCUCAUUGAGUCCACCAACAAUCACUGACGCCGAAAAGUUUUCAUUGAUGAGAAACUUCAUUGACAACAUCUCGCCAUGGUUUGACACUUUUGACAAUACCAAACAGUUUGGAACAAAAAUUCCAGUUCUGGCCAAAAAAUGUUCUUCAUUGUACUAUGCCAUUCUGGCUAUAUCUUCUCGUCAAAGAGAAAGGAUAAAGAAAGAGCACAAUGAAAAAACAUUGCAAUGCUACCAAUACUCACUACAACAGCUCAUCCCUACUGUUCAAAGCUCAAAUAAUAUUGAGUACAUUAUCACAUGUAUUCUCCUGAGUGUGUUCCACAUCAUGUCUAGUGAACCUUCAACCCAGAGGGACAUCAUUGUGUCAUUGGCAAAAUACAUUCAAGCAUGCAACAUAAACGGAUUUACAUCUAAUGACAAACUGGAAAAGAGUAUUUUCUGGAACUAUGUCAAUUUGGAUUUGGCUACUUGUGCAAUCGGUGAAGAGUCAAUGGUCAUUCCUUUUAGCUACUGGGUUAAAGAGACAACUGACUACAAGACCAUUCAAGAUGUGAAGCCAUUUUUCACCAAGAAGACUAGCACGACAACUGACGAUGACUUGGACGAUAUGUAUGCCAUCUACAUGCUGUACAUUAGUGGUAGAAUCAUUAACCUGUUGAACUGCAGAGAUGCGAAGCUCAAUUUUGAGCCCAAGUGGGAGUUUUUGUGGAAUGAACUCAAUGAAUGGGAAUUGAACAAACCCUUGACCUUUCAAAGUAUUGUUCAGUUCAAGGCCAAUGACGAAUCGCAGGGCGGAUCAACUUUUCCAACUGUUCUAUUCUCCAACUCUCGAAGCUGUUACAGUAACCAGCUGUAUCAUAUGAGCUACAUCAUCUUAGUGCAGAAUAAACCACGAUUAUACAAAAUCCCCUUUACUACAGUUUCUGCUUCAAUGUCAUCUCCAUCGGACAACAAAGCUGGGAUGUCUGCUUCCAGCACACCUGCUUCAGACCACCACGCUUCUGGUGAUCAUUUGUCUCCAAGAAGUGUAGAGCCCUCUCUUUCGACAACGUUGAGCCCUCCGCCUAAUGCAAACGGUGCAGGUAACAAGUUCCGCUCUACGCUCUGGCAUGCCAAGCAGAUCUGUGGGAUUUCUAUCAACAACAACCACAACAGCAAUCUAGCAGCCAAAGUGAACUCAUUGCAACCAUUGUGGCACGCUGGAAAGCUAAUUAGUUCCAAGUCUGAACAUACACAGUUGCUGAAACUGUUGAACAACCUUGAGUGUGCAACAGGCUGGCCUAUGAACUGGAAGGGCAAGGAGUUAAUUGACUACUGGAAUGUUGAAGAAUAG